UCCGCUCUUGUCAGAACUCAGAAGGUGAGAGGAGAGGGAUUUUCAUCGUACAGAAAGAUUAAUAUUCAUAUUGUACGGCAGUGACACGAAAAGUUAAAUAAUAAUUUCAACAUGAAAAUAUAUAUAUAGCCUAUCAUAUCUUGCUGAACUUCAAGACUUUGAAAUUUACCAGCUCCGGACCACCUUUUCAGGAAGCGGACCAGAAAAGUACUUUACUUCCGUUAGUUUUACCUCUGUUUGACCAAGACGCCAACUGCUUCUCACUGUUCCUGGUGGAUUCGUUCGCGAGUUGGUCAUAAAAAGCGAGUGGACAACUGGAGGUCAAAAUCUACGGGGGUGAGGAUAUGGAGGCAUUUGAACCGAUGUCGGUAAUGGAUUUUCAGACGAUUCUGUUGAAAGUCGAGCAAUCUUUAAACAGGGAGGAUGUGGAGGCUUUGGUAUUUCUUUGCGCGGACCUUCUAGAAAAAGAUGUGUGCUGUAUCACUACCGGGCGGGAUCUUUUCACUCAUUUGCAAGAACUUGAUUUUCUGGCCCCAGAGCGACCAUUCCUUCUCGCAGAGCUGCUUCGCGUGUCCAAACGCAAUGGACUGCUCCGCCAGGUGGGUCUCCAUGACUUGCAAACGGAAGGACUUGUGUCUUCCUACAGAAAGCUGCUGUUCGACUUGUCUGAAAACAUAACUGCAGUUAAUUUGAAGGACAUCAAGUUCCUGCUGUACCAAACUCUACCCAGGAGAAAACUGGAGGAUGACAUGACAAUGCUAAAUCUCCUACUGGAAAUGGAGAAAGAAGAUCAUUUGAGUGAAACAAACCUGGACAUGCUAGAAAAAAUAAUUGGGCCAGUCUGCCCCAACUUGAAAAGAAAGAUAAACCAGUAUAAGGAACAAAAUGCAACAAUGAAUAGAGGAUAUGGAUAUGUUCAGGAGCAUGAUCAUCCAUGUGCUCACCUUUUCAAACAGCCAGAUGCCCCAACUGAGGAAUCCAGUGCUCUGUCCUCACAACUAUCCGCCUCUGUAUCUCUAGCGACUCCAGAUGCCUCCACAGAGGGUGUGUCGCUCAGUGAGUUUAGCAGCAGUGGGAAAACCGAUUCCCCUUAUUCCUCAGUGCAAAGCCACAAUGUAUUUUUUACUUCCUCAUGUGAAAAGAUGAACCAUAGUGCUGCAGACACUUCUCUGGGAAAAACACAGGAAAUAGAAGCAUAUGUGAUGCAUGAGGGCAGGACCAGAGGAGUUUGCUUGAUUAUUAACAACUUUGACUUCUCACAAUCCAUAUAUAAAAACCGCGAAGGAACAGACAUGGAUGAACGGUGCUUGGUGAAAGUGUUUCAGUGGCUGGGCUUUAAGACACGAACAGAACGAGACUGCAGCCUGGAGAAAAUACAGAGUUUGCUAUCCCAGCUCAGCCAGGAAGACCACACCAACAUGGACUGCCUGGUCUGCUGCGUGCUGAGUCACGGCGAGCUGGGCUCAGUGUGCGGGGUCGAUGGGCUCACGCUGCCAGUCAGAGACCUCACACAGCCCUUCUCGGGGAUGCACUGUGCUUCUCUGCGGGAUAAGCCCAAGCUGUUCUUCAUCCAGGCAUGCCAGGGGAAGAAGGAACAGCUGCCGGUGCUCAUCCAGUCCGACGGCCACGGCUCCACCGAGCCUGACCUCGCCACCGACGCGGUCGCGCUCCAGGACACCAUCCCCGCCGAGGCAGACUUCUUACUGGGCAUGGCCACCGUGCCGGAAUUCGCCUCCUUCAGACACAGGACGGAGGGAAGCUGGUUCAUCCAGUCUCUGUGUGAGAACCUUGUACUCCUGGUUCCCAGUGGGUACGACUUGCUCUCCAUCCUGACAAAGGUCAACAAUCAUGUUAGCGGAAAGACGGCCAGAAUCGACAACAAGAACAAGAAACAGAUGCCACAACCUGCAUUCUCCCUUCGGAAGAGGGUUGUCUUCCCAGUGCCAAAGCAACCACCACCCAAGUUAAAGUAGCAAGCCACAGCAUGAGCCAAACACACUCCCUCAAUGUCACACCAUGAAAGGAGUAUGACAUGACAGAACUUCAUCUGUUACAUACAUUUAAAAAAAAUAGUUGGGAGUAUUUUUAUGUUGUUAUUUUACAAUGAGAUGGAAAUAUUUUCUUAGGAGCCGUGGUGGCGCAACAGGCAAAGAUGUAGCGUACUUGUGGUUGCAGUUCAUUGCAGUUGCACACCGAGGCCUGAGGUUCGAUUCCCGGUCCUGCCAAAAGCCAAGUUUGGCCGGCUCAAGUGGAGAGGCACAAUUGGCUUCCUGCUCCAGAGGGACUUAUAUGACAGAUCUAUAUUUUAUAUUUGUGAAAUUGUCCUGAAAUCAGUUUUGCUGUUUUGAUUCAAUGAAAUAUCCUUCUUCCGUAUUAUUUCCACAAACAGCUCACACUGCCUUAUGACGGUAUCCUGUGCCUUUACUUGCUCUUACCUGAAAUUCUGAUUGUCCAUUUUCUUCUUAACGAGAACCUCUUCAGCAUCUAUUUUUAUGCACUUCUUAAAGCGUCAUUUUAUUACCAUAUUUAUCAGAAAAUAAUUUAUUUCCAGCAUUGUUAAUUAUGUAUUUCCUAAUUAGCAUUAUACAAAAUCUAUAUUUACCUGAUAAUAUAGAUUUAUAUUUUUACAUUUUAUAUUUGGGAAAUUGUCCAGCAUCUAUUUUUCUGCACUUCUUACAGUAUGUGAUUUUAAUAAAAUAAGUAUGUCUUGUUGAA